AUGGUGAGUGAAAAAGAAAGCUACGACUAUAUCGUGUGCGGUGGCGGCACAGCGGGUUGUGUAGUGGCCGCUCGUCUGGCCGAAAACCCCGAGAUCAGCAUCCUUCUUCUCGAAGCCGGACAGCAUAACAAAGACCUGGAGAAUGUUCAUAUGACUGGGGGAUGGUCGAACAACUUCGAUUCCGAGACGGACUGGAAUUUCGUGACGCCUCCGAUGGCCAGCGUCGACAAUCGCCAGGUCAAAUUGAGCCGUGGCCGAUUCCUCGGCGGAUGCAGUGGCUGCAAUGGUACACUGUGUAUUCGUGGUUGCAAGCAGGACUAUGAUGACUGGGGUCUGGAUGGGUGGAGUGGAGAGGAUUUCUUCAAAUAUAUGCGAAAGGCCGAAACAUUUCAUCCCAAGUCCUGGUUCAAGGCCGACAAGGAAAGCCACGGCUAUAGCGGCCCGCUUCACACAGAACCGCACGAUCUUGCGCCCAUCUCACAACUGCUGAUUGACUCAUUCAUCUCCCAGGGUCUUCCCCUACACCAUGAUAUGUUCAGCACUGGAGAUGUUCCUCACGGAUGUGGCCAUGUACCUCGUACCGUGUACAAAGGCACCCGCACGACGGGCGCUGACUUCGUCACUAAUAAAAACCAGCGUGGGAAUAUCACCAUCAUGACCGAUACAACCGUGGAUAAGAUUGUCUUUUCGAAAGACGGAGCCCAGAUCCGUGCCACCGGUGUCGCCACCAAGACAUCUAAUGGCACCUUGAAGACCUUCCACGCCCGAAGGGAGAUUGUCAUCUCCAGUGGCUCAUACUGCAGUCCUGCAGUCCUGCUUCGCUCAGGCAUCGGCCCCAAAGACGAACUAGCCAAGCACAACAUCCCAUGUCUGGUAAGCUCGCCUGGCGUAGGCCGCAACCUGAUGGAUCACCUGAUCGUCUUCAUGUUCUACGAAACCGAAAAACCAGGCCUAACAAACGAUCACCACGUCUAUCAUGGCGACAACUUCGACAAAACCUACCUCGAAUGGAAAGAGAAGAAAUCAGGCUUCCUCUCCACUUUCCCAUUCGGCUCAUUCGCCUUCGCCCGUAUGGAUGAGCGUCUCGCCAACGAACCAAUGUGGAAAAACGCCCCCCGCCUCCCAGGCCGAGACCCAAUGGGCUUAACACCAUCCCAACCAAAUGUCGAAUUCUUCACAACAGAAUGCUACGGUGGACCAAAGCAAUACGAUCAAUUCCCAAAUGACCAGAAACAUGCAUUCUCGAUGAUCGCAGAACUGUUCGCUCCGAAGUCGCGGGGCUCGGUCACGUUGAAUUCAGCGGAUCCGAUGGAUAAUCCGAUCGUGGAUUGUAAUUAUCUCUCUGAUCCGAUGGACAUGCUUGUUCUUAGUGAAGCGUGCCGUUUCGGAAAUGAGAUUGUUAUGAAUGGAGCUGGGACGAAGGAUAUUGUUAAGGGGUCUUGGCCGCCGAAUUUAACUCAUCAUGCUUUUACGAAGAGAGAGGAAUGGAUUCCUUAUGUCCGGGAGCAUGCUACGACUUGUUACCAUGCGGCUGGGACUUGUGCUAUGGGAAAGAAAGAGAAUCCGAUGGCGGUGCUGGAUGAGAAGUUACAGGUGAGAGGUGUUAUGGGGUUGCGGAUUGCGGAUUGUAGUGUUAUGCCUGCUUUGCAUGGUGGGCAUACGCAGAUGCCGGCGUAUGGGAUUGGUGAGAAGUGUGCGGACCUGAUUAAAGAUACUUGGAGAAUGGCUGGAAAUGUUUACCCCCGUAUUUGA